UGAAGUGAGAACGUCACUUGCCGUCACGUGCGCCUUUGCUGCAGCUCUCUGUUCUAAUUGGAUCAAUUUUACCCACCCAUAUUUGACGUCAUCGGUUGAUUCACCAAUCACCUUUCGUCGUGCUCGUUUCACCCAAUGAAAAACAAAAGCACCCAACCUAUGUCGCUCGAAACGCAACAGCAGAGGAAGAAAUGUGUGUGAUCAGCACAAAACAAGUAUUGAUCAAGAGGAACUAUGUUUUCUGUUUCGGGAUUCAGUUUAUUUGAUUAGUGCAGGAAUCAUGGACGCUGUACUGCGUCAGCUGUGGCAGGAGAUACAUCUAACAAAUGUGUUUUCUGCUGCAAACCUCUUGGCCCUGACUGUGUUUGUGCUUGUUUUCUAUGUGCUGCAACGGCGUCAAAGCAAUAAAAGAUACGCGAACAUUCCUCCGGGUCCAAAACCAUGGCCCGUCGUGGGCAACUUCGGCGGCUUCCUCGUGCCUUCGUUUAUUUUAAGACGAUUCAGACAUAAUUCAGAAGAGUCCAGGAAAAGGGACUCAAACCCACUGUCGCCUCAAACCGGACUAACGGAGAUGGCCAAACUGUAUGGGAACAUCUUAAGUAUCUUUGUUGGACCUCAGCUCAUCGUGGUGCUGACGGGAUAUGACGCUGUUCGGGACGCUCUGUCAAACCACGCGGAUGCCUUUUCAGACAGACCAGAAAUACCCCUUGUAACUAUUAUAACGAAGAGGAAAGGGAUUGUGUUUGCACCUUAUGGUCCCCUGUGGCGGACAAACCGUAAGUUCUGUCACAGCACUCUCCGCAGCUUUGGCUUCGGCAAACUGAGUCUGGAGCCAUGUAUACAUGAAGGCCUGACCAUGAUUAAAACAGAGCUGCAGAGUCUAACUAAGAAAGCAGGGGCUUCUGGUGUCAAUCUCACCCCUCUAAUCAGCAAUGCAGUCUCCAACGUCAUCUCCUUAAUGAGUCUGGGGCAGCGUUUCCAUCACCAGGACCAGGAGUUUCAAACCAUGUUGGAUCUCAUGGCUCAUGGAUUGGAGAUUAGUGUCAGCAGCUCCAUUUUGCUGAUCAACAUCUUUCCCUGGCUCUACUACCUACCCUACGGUGUUUUCAAGGAGCUGCGGCGCGUGGAGCUUGAUAUCACAGCGUUCUUGAAGAAAAUAAUUGCGAGGCACAGGGCCACACUGGAUCCAGAGAAUCCCAGAGAUUUAAUAGAUAUGUAUCUGGUGGAGAUGCUGGCCCAACAAGCGGCAGGUACAAGCUCAGAAAAGAGCAUGUUUUCUGAGGACGAUCUCUUCUACAUCAUUGGAGACCUCUUCAUUGCGGGCACCGAUACCACCACUAAUAGCGUGCUAUGGAGUAUACUCUAUAUGUGCUUGUAUACUGAUGUGCAAGAAAAAGUUCAACAGGAGAUCGAUGGAGUGGUGGGGUCUGGGAGAGUCCCGUCUCUAACAGACAAAGGCAGUUUGCCAUACACAGAAGCUACUAUCAUGGAAGUACAGAGAAUGACUGUUGUGGUACCGCUGUCAAUACCCCACAUGGCUUCUGAAACCACAGAGUUCAGAGGUUACACUAUUCCUAAAGGCACCGUUAUCAUCCCAAACCUCUGGUCUGUACACAGAGAUCCCACUGUGUGGGAAAAACCUGAUGAUUUUAAUCCAACACGAUUCCUGGAUGAACAGGGAAAGCUGCUCAGGAAAGAUUGCUUUAUUCCAUUUGGCAUAGGUCGGAGGGUGUGUAUGGGAGAACAGCUGGCAAAGAUGGAGCUGUUUGUGAUGUUUAGCAGUUUGAUGCAGGCCUUCACUUUCAGGCUCCCGGAGGGGACACCUCCUCCAUCCAUGAACGGACGGUUCGGUCUGACUCUGGCUCCAUGCCCAUUUACUGUUUGUGCGACAGCACGCUGAUCAGAUGACAGAUGUCAUGCCUGAAGCUCAGUGGCAUCUUUGGAAAGCAAAUUGCACUGGAUUGCAAUUGACAAAUUGCAAAGAGUAUGGACCAUAAACAAAAAGUAGCUUUUUGGGUUUGUAUUGUGUGUGCAACUGUUUGUGGCACAUUUGAGAUUAUUUUUUUUACAUUUGGUUUGUCUGAGAAUGACAUAAACUAAUUGAAAAAAAAUAUUCAUAUAUCAUAUCAGUUUAAUUAUAAACAUGUUAUGAUCAAAUAUACAUUUCAUGUCCUGCAAAUUGCCUUCUGUACCAUUUCAGAUAUAAUCAUGUUAUUUUGUGGCAAUUAAUUGUGACCUAUUUUAUUAUAAUUUUAUUUGGAUAAUGAUUCCUGGAGCAAUUAUUUCAAAGGAACACUUGCUUAAACAUUAUCAUGCUCUUAACACUUUACAAUAAGGUUGUGUUCAUUAACAUUAGUGCAAUAAGUUAACAUGAACUAACAAUGAACAAUACUUGUACAGCACUUAUUGGUCUUGGUUAUGUUAAUUAUACAUAUCCAAAUAUAUUUGUGAAUUAAAUAAAUAGUUUCGUACGGAUCAAUAUUUAAGUCCUUUUUACUAUAAAUACUUCUCAUGCACAAUAGGUGACGAUAUGCAUGAAGAAUGCAAAUCGGCAAUAACAAAAGAAGAAAGUGGAGAUUGAUAGUAAAAAAUAUUACUUAAAUAUUGAUCUGUAUCUCACCCACACUUAUCAUAUCAGAAGACAUUCAGAACCACAUUGAACCACUGGAGAAGUAUGGAUUACUUUUAUGCUGCCUUUAUGUGCUUUUUGGAGCUUUUAAGUUUUAGUCACCAUCCACUUGCAUUGUAUGGACCUACAGAGCUGGUAUAACCUACUGAAAAGCUUUGUUUGUGAAGCAGAAGAAAGAAAGUCAUACAUAUCUGGCAUGGCAUGAGGGUGAGCAAAUGAUGAGUAUUUUCAUUUGUAGGUGAACUAGCCCUUUAAAAUGUGCAAACAUUAACAUUAUAAACAUAUAUUCUGAACUAACAAUGAGCAUUAGUAUUUUGAUAAAUUAACAUUGACCAAGAUUAAUAAAUGCUGUAAAAAUAAUUGUUCAUUGUUUGUUUAUGAUGCAUUAACAUUUAGACUUUACUGUAAAGUGUUACAAAAAUAAUGUUAUGUUAGUUUUAAAAUAGAUAUUUCUUGUUCUGCACCAUUUCACUUAUAAUUCUAUUAUUUUGUGACUUUGUUUUUUAAUUAUUGCAUAAUAAUUAUUAGAGCAAUUAUUUCCAAAUGCAAAAACACUUACUGGUAAGUAUUAUGAUAUCAUUUGGCAUAUAUUUGUGUCACUAUAAAAAUCUAAUUAUUAUCUUAUGAUCUGAUGAAACAAUACAGUUUUGCAAGUUGUAAUAAAUUAUUUGAAAUGACAUAAUGAAUUUGAUUUCCCUCAUCCAUGUGACAUUAUAUCCCCUAAAACUACCUAUAAAAAAUAUAAAUGAAUUGUUUGCAAACUACUAUUACAUGUGAUAGUCGUUUGCAUACAACUGAUCAUUUCAACCUUCCAGCACGCGCAGAACACAGCAAAGUGCACGCGCGCCAUCUGUCAGUGAAUCAUCACGCGCCAGUUCGUUAGGUCGCUGUCAUCACCUACUGCAAGACAAGCAGCAAUUAUUCAUUUUUCAGGUACCCCUCGUGCUGCCAAAAAAGAUCUGACCCAUAGAGUGAUGGACUCCACGUGGACUCAUGUGGUAUCUGGCACCAAGACGUUAGCAGAAGAUCCUUUAAGUCCUGUAAGUUGCGAGGUGGGGCCUCCAUGGUCAGACUUGUUAGUCCAACACAUCCUAUAGAUGCUCAAUCGGAUUGAGAUCUGGGGAAUUUGGAGGCCAUUUCAACACAUUGAACACUUUGUCAAGUUCCUCAAACCAUUCCUGAACAAUUUUUGCAGUGCGCAUUAUCCUGCUGAAAGAGGUCACUGCCAUCAGGGAAUACCGUUGCCAUGAAGGGGUGUAUGUGGUCUGCAACAAUCUUUAGUGCAUCCUGCUGCCAUCUCUUCCCUAGGUAAACAUUGCACACGCAACCGACCUUCCACAUGAUCUAAAAGAAAACGUGAUUGAUCAGACCAACCUACCUUCUUCCAUUGCUACAUGAUCCAGUUCUCUUGCGCUUUCGGCGGUGGACAGGGGUCAGCAUGGGCACUCUGAACGGUCUGCAGCUACUCAGCCCCAUUCGCAGCAAGCUGCGAUGCACUGUGCAUGUUCUGACACCUUUCUAUCAUGCCCAGCAUUAAGUUUUUAAAGCAAUUUGUGCUACAUUACUCUUCUCUGGGAUCAGACAAGAUGGGCUAGCAUUCACUCCUCAUGUGCAUCACUGAGCCUUGGGAGUACACGACCUUUCGCAGGUUCACCAGUUGCUUCGACCACUUUUGGUAGAUACUAACCACUGCAUACCGUGAACACCCCACAAGACCUGCUGUUUUGGAGAUACUCUGACCCAGUUGUCUAGCCAUCACAAUUUAGCUCUUGUCAAAGUUGCUCAGAUCCUUACGCUUGCCCAUUUUUCCUGCUUCCAACACAUGAGAUUCAAGAACUGACUGUUCACUUCCUAAUAUAUCCCACCCUUGACAGGUGCCACUGUAACAAGAUAAUAAAUGUUAUUCACGUCACUGAGUCAGUGGUUUUAAUUUUGUGGCUGAUCAGUGUGUGUGUGUGUGUGUGUGUGUGUGUGUGUGUGUGUGAGCGUGUAUUUAUCACUUUGUGGGGACCAAAUGUCCCCAUAAGGAUAGUAAAACCCGAAAUGUUUGACCUUGUGGGGACAUUUUGUCGGUCCCCAUGAGGAAAACAGCUUAUAAAUCAUACUAAAUUAUGUUUUUUGAAAAUGUAAAAAUGCAGAAAGUUUUCUGUGAGGGUUAGGUUUAGGGGUAGGGUUAGGUUUAGGGGAUAGAAUAUAAAGUUUGUACAGUAUAAAAAAAAUUAUGUCUAUGGAAAGUCCCCAUAAAACAUGGAAACACAACAUGUGUGUGUGUGUGUGUGUGUGUGUGUGUGUGUGUGUGUGU